AUGGAUGUACUAUUGUUUGGGAAGACGCCCAUAGGUAUGGGCGUAGCCGGGCACAAAGAGGGCGACCUUGAACUUCGACCGGCCAUGGCCUUAGACAGAGACAAGCGGUUUGUGGUGACCAAGGCUCUCGUGGAGCAGAGUCGUAUUCUCGCCCUCUUCGUCAUCUUCAUCCUCCUCAUUAUCGUGAUCAACACAGCCAUCGUCGUUUUCAUCGUCGCGUCCAAAGCAAUGCGCCAGAGUUCUCGACACAUCCUCAUCGUCAGCGUCUGUCUUGGCGACCUGCUCAUGGGACUCUUCGUUCUUCCGGCGUUGCUGGACCUGGGCACUCGCCAUGGUGAGAACAUCGGAGACUGUUCCGUGUUCUACGCCAUGCGACUGUUCGCAGACUUUCUCAUCCCGUCUGUGACAACUCUGGGCAUGCUGGCCCUCAACAUUGACUACAUUCUGCGGCUCUGCUAUUCAGCCUACUCUGAAGGCGCCACCCGCACCACGCUAAUCCUGGUCCUUUUCCUCACGCCCUGGGUCGUGAGCUGUGCCUUGCUCAUCCCACUGUACAUCGACGGCCUCAACGCCACGCGGGGCAGCUACUGGUGGGAGACUUGCACCAUCACCAUGGGUGGUCAUCUUACUCGGACCUUACUGGUGGUCAGCUUCUUCCCUCAGGCCGCCCUCUUGCUGAUCUUCAACAUCGCAGUGUCGGUUCUGUACCUGGUCCGGCGCGAGUCCUACAGCCUGGACGCGACCGGUGAGCGAAUCCGCGCGCCCGUGGACAUCUGCCUGGCCUCCUUCACCACAAUCCUCUUCUACACGCCCGUGUUCCUGCUCACAGUGCUCACCACCGAGGGCUACCUGGGCUGUGUGGAGGAGGACGAGUGCCGGGCUCUCAGAGACAUGGCCACCACCGUAGUUUGGCUUUUCUUCACCAAGUCCUGGUUCCUGCCACUGGCCUGGUUCACGUGCAAGGACACACGCACGUGCAUUAGGCAUAUCUUUUCAUGCUGCUGACGUAUAUGAGUUGGACAAAAGCAGAUAAUAUAGAAUUUUGCGUAACCAUAGCGCUGGACCUUCAACUUUUGACAAAAAGCACAACCAAUCAAAGAUAGAAUUCAACGAUCAAUCUAAAUAUUCAGAUCUGUCUGACUGAAUGCAGUCAAAAGUUGAAGUGUAUGGUGUACGUGAUAGUUUAUACGUGCACGUAUACCGUUUAGCACAUGAGCCAUCAUUGAAAGUUUAGAAUGGUUCCGUAAAUAGGGCUCUGAUUUUGUUUUUCACAGAGAAACUUCCUACUUGGCACAAACGUAGCCCAUAGGGCAUGGGCGUCUUGUGCUGGAAUAGUUUGCCUAACGCAACAUUUCCAUGUUGCAGCAAAGUGUGUUGUACUAUGUAAUUUAUAGGGACUCUGAUUUCAACACAAUUAUAAAGAAACUGAAAGCUCCAAGAGCUUAACAAAAAAUGCCUUCUUCUCCCACAGUUGUGUCUUCUAACGAUAUAAAAAUAUUAUGUUUGUUGUUCAGCCCAAAGUUUCAAAACUUAAACUCGCUUUUCCAGCUCUGUUACCAAAGCGACACUUCGAAUCAACUCUUGUGUAAUUUUUAUUUCUAUGGUGAACACAGUUGACUUCAUUUUCUGGGGGGGUUUUGGUUCCAUGCACGACUUUUUCUCUCUUUUGCUUCAUAAUUAUUUGGCUCCAACAUUUUCAAAGAUUUGCUGUAAAUAAUCCCUUUGGGGGUUGAGUUGUCUCCGACCACUAGACAAAGUAGGCAACUGAUGGUUCACCAGAUUUUAAGCAACCUGUCUCAACAGAGCUAAGGCGGGGAAUGAAAAGAAAACGAAACUGCAGCUAUGGCAAGCAUAAAGGAUUAAUCUUUAAAAAAGAGAGUGUCCUCUGUUACAAGAGAUAUUUCUCCGGCUGAUUUGACCAAACUCUCUUUACUUACGUAAAAAAAUAAAUGGAGCUGGCAGUCAGUCCGGAGGCCAUCUUGCAACUCUUACAUCUGUACAUAAUACAUCAAUCUUACUUGUUAAAUUGGAUGCAAUCUGCAUGCGUCCCAGAUUAUUAUUAUUUCUUUUUACUGCAAAUUCAUUGGAUUUUAAGAUAACACAUUUUACCGUCUUCAUGAUUGUCUUAUUUAAACUCACUCAACUAUUGAUAAAUAACGAUCAAUUUGUAUUUGUAUUGCUUUGACGUCAAGAAAGUGAGCAUUUAUAAGAAGCAUCGUUUAAGAACAUUGGUAUUUAACAUGCAGCCUGCUAUAUAACAAUUGGCGUAAGGUAGUGUAUUUUAUUUCAGUAUGCUUAUAUCAAUCGUAGACAAGCACAAGAGAAGCGGCAGUUAGAGUUACUAUAUAUAAUAUCUUCAUGAGCUCAUAGUUGUUUUUUUCUUAUGGCCUGACUGCGUCGAGCCCAUGAUGUCAUGAAUUUGUAAUUACAUUUAGAAUAUUCACUUGGAUGCAUUCGUUUAAUUCAUUUGAAAAUAUAAUUCUUAUGUUGUAUCAUACAUUAUUUGGAAAAGGAAAACAUUUAGAUGCAUUUUGUAAUGCUAAGAAGAAUGUGUGCGAGUGUGAUAGUUAAACUUUGUUUUCGACUUCGAAACAUGAUGUCAUUAUUUUUUAUACGGUAGUGUAAGCGCUGUGGUGUAGAACAUGUUUCAUAUAUCAUGGACAAUACAUGUUUUGUAAAAUAUGUCAGGGGAACAUUUUCACCUCAUGAGAAUGCCAUCCUUUCUUUCAUAGUCACCCAAACCUCAAAAUAUUAAUAAAUGACUUUAAAAAUUGUCAA